AUCAAAACUCAGAAAUCUGCAGAACCUGACGACCAUUGGUCACCGUGUCUGGCCGAAGCUCUGCCAAGAGCCCACCCUUCCGAAGUCCUCGCCCGUCCCCUUUCAAUGGAGUUAGCGCCUCGCCUCAAUGAUCUGCCUGAGUUCGUUGCUUAAGCUGGCUUUUUCCGUGCAUGGACUACAGUACCGUGAGUCAAGGGAGUAGAGUGUACGCCAAGGCUCAGUGCUCAGUCCGCUUACUCCCACAGCCACAGGUGAAUGGCGUACUUGACAUUUAUGGACUACAUUUUGGAUCGUUGCCUUGAGAAAAACGUCAAUUUUCGCUCAUUUUUCACGCCAACAUCUUGGUGAAGAAAGUCAUGUGAGCCUCAAGUGGGACCGAGCCUGUAUCCAAUCAUGAAAGCGAUUUAGAGAAUCCAUCGCAUUUCUACCUAUCCCUCUGGUGAGUUGUCCUGUGCGUUUUGACUGCCUAGCCAGGAUUGGUUUGGAACGGGAACUGACCAUAGAGUCGAACAAGAAGACACAUGAUCGAUGAUCGUAAUUGACCUGCAUUCAUGCAUGCAUGCAUGCAUGCAGAGAAGGAGGUAAAUCACUGACCAAGACAGGCAGUCAGAGAGGAUCGCAAUCCAUAGUUCCAAGCACUUUCAUUCUUCAUCAAUUUUCUACGAAUCUGCUCCUUGAUCGGGCGAGAUCCACAAACACGUUUUUGGGCUACACUUCGUCUGGACUGGCCUGAUGGCUCCAUGACGGAGAUCACGAUAAACUUGAACAUGCGGUUCAAUUGAAUCCGACCAUGACUUCGAUGGGUCUGCCUCACGUCCGAAUAUCCUCGACGAUGAUGAAGCCCAAGUUUUGGAAGAAGAAACGUUCAGCCACAAUUAGUGAUAUCGACCCGGAAUACCGGGUGAUCUAUUUGGGCAAUGUCCUUACCGCCUGGGCUAGAGGGGAUGGGUGUGUGGAUAAGCCCUUGAGUACGCUUUGGCGAAAUCACGUGUCAUCGGAUAAAGCCAAUAUAGUGAUGAAAUUGACCAUCACCGCUCAAGGAUUGAAAGCCGUUACCAAAGAACAUGGACUCACAGAGUAUUGGGCGCACAGAAUCACCUUUUGCGCCAUCGAUCCCAGUUAUCCGAAGGUCUUCUGUUGGAUAUACAGGCAUGAAGGCCGGAAAAUGAAGCAAGAGCUCCGUUGUCACGCAGUCUUGUGUUCAAGCAAUAAAAAGGCCCAUGCCUUGACCCAAAGGCUACAAGAGCGACUCCAUCAAGCAUUGGUGGACUUCAAAAAAGAAAAGAUAUCCCGACAGAAUGCCAGGUUGAGCCUGGCCAACACCAUUUACGACAACCCAUCGAUGCCCUACCGAAAAAUUCUACUCCACACUGGAUCCUCCAAUUACCGACCUUCUAUAGACAAGGGCAAAGCUGCUCCCAAGUUAAAAGUCAUCGAAGAAGCCGCCCAUGAGGUGGACGAAACGGAUCCCAUGGAAUUCUCCAGCUCUAAAUGUGACUCCUUAGUGUUUCAACGUCUGUCGAACUCGUCAAAAGCCGGGGACACCAUUUUGCCCGAAUCGUCCGAACCCUCGACAGCCAUGACCAGUCUCAACUCCUCCCUGUCCAAUUUUCCUAUCGAGACCAUCAUGGACAACCCCAAUCCGGAAAUUCAGCUCCAACCUGGGCUCUUAAGUCCGGACACGCCACAUAUCCAGAGCGAUCAUGAUAAUAUCGAGGAUGACCGUUGCCUAACUAGUUCUGAUAAUGAAGACGAGGUUGAUGACUCAUUCGACAAAAGCGAUCAUCGGAACGAUGAUGAAGACGAGGACGAUGAAGAUGAGGAAGAUAAUACCCUGGAGGAUGAACCCAAUGCACAAGAGACAGGUGGCAAACGUCCUCGAGAAGAUCAUGACACUGAAGACGAUGAGGAGCACAAGGGUACCAACAAACAUCCCAAGAACAUCCCGGACCAUCAUCACAUUUCCAUGGACACAUAUGAGCGAGACAAAAUUAACAAUGAACAGAGACACGCUCAAGACCGACACGAUGGUCGAGACCAAGAUAGGGCUAUUAAAUUCGAGGACGGAUUACUCCCGUCCGAAUUCACGGCGGCCUGGCUCUUACCGCGUGAUGUGGAUGCGGAUUCAGCCGCCAGUUUCUCCCCCGAUAACCACCAAUUCUCCUCUCGGCUGAUUUCGAAUCGACGGUAUCGUUUCGACACCACGGACUCCGUGGACGAGACCCAUCCCGCCAAGGAUACCGAGUCCCUUCAAGAUUGUUGUGCAAUUGAUUUGAAAGCCCUGAAGUUGCAUGCAGAGCCCGAUAAUAUUUCAGAUGAAAGUGGCUACUCCGAGGAGAGCUCUCCCAGUACGUGCUCCAAGCAAGCCUCCGGAAAGAUCGAUCCGCUGAGGAGAUCCUCCGAAUCCGACUCCCUACCCCACCGUCAGAACCAAACAACUAUGAUCAAAUACCUGCAGAGCCAGCGCUAUUCCGGAGCGAAAACCUAUGUGACCUUGAAUCAAGAACUCCCCACCGAGACUGAUUGUGAUACAUUGGAAGUUUCCCCACGAAGAUCAGCAUCCGAUUUUGACCUUCCCUCCCAACGAAUCGCCACCACCCCCGCCGUCCCAUGUGACCUGACUGUGCACAGUGCCUUGAUGAGCGAGUUCACGCCCAGCGAAAAGCUCAGAUACCUCGGAAAAACGUCCAGAGCACCCCAAUUGUCGUUGCAUAAUCAUGGGCUCCGAAAUAUGGAGGAGAAUGACAGUGCUAGUACUAAUGAUACAUUCUGUAUCAACAUAUGAAAAUGAGAUGCUUACGAAAUGCUCGCUAGAAUGAAAUAAGUGUAUGUGACGUCACAUAUGAGAGGCAAUAAUCAUCAUCCACUCCUGUAACAAAUAUGAUGGAGCAUAGAUGCACUACCAUCAGACCAUAUUGGUCGAAAUAUAUUUUCAAUAUAAACAA